AUGCUGAGGUCGUGCAUAGACUUCUGUGGGCUGAAUAACAUCGCUGUGAAGAACAAGUAUCCCUUGCCACUCAUCAGCUCUGCUUUUGCCCCUCUCCAUGGUGCCACGGUGUUCACCAAACUCGCCCUCCGGAAUGCCUACCACCUUGUCCGCGAGUGGAAACCGGCGUUCAACACACCACUGAGUAUUUGCCGUCUGGCAGCACCUCUCACCGCCACCUCCACUCCGUUCCACUGGACCCCUGAGGCAGAGGCAGCUUUCCUGGAACUAAAAUGCCGCUUCACUUCUGCUCCGAUCCUCACCAAGCCAGACCCAGAACUCCAGUUCACCGUGGAGGUGGAUGCCUCCGACACCGGGAGAAAUUAUGACAUUAGUAACUGGGAACCCCUGGCAGCGAAGCUAGCUCUUGAGGAAUGGCGUCACUGGCUGGAGGGUUCUAUUCUCCCCUUCGUCGUGUGGACGGACCACAAACCUGUCCUUCACUGGAAAUGGCAUGGGUCCAAAGACAUGGACUCAUCUCUGCUGAAGCCCAAAUUCCACCUGGACCUGUGGGUCAGUUUCACCAUCCAGAACUGGCUGCUGGACUUCGGGAGGCCCAUUGUCAUGAUCAUCCUCCCUCUAGAGUGGUUCCCCCUGAACAGACCCAGUGCUGGGGACUACUUCCACAUGGCUUACAACAUCAUCACACCCUUCCUGCUUCUCAAGCUGAUCGAGCGUAGCCCCAAGACCCUGCCCCACGCCGCUGUGUACCUGUGCAUCAUCACCUUUGUGAUGGGCGCCAGCAUCCACCUGGUGGGUGACUCCAUUAACCAUCGCCUCCUGUUGAGUGGUUACCAGCUCCACUUGUCUGUCAGAGAGAACCCCAUCAUCAAGAACCUCCAGCCUGCCUCUCUGAUAGAUUCCUUUGAGCUACUUUACUAUUAUGAUGAAAAGCUUGGCCAUUCUAUGUGGUAUGUUCCCUUCUUCCUCAUCCUCUUCCUCUACUUCACUGGUUGCUUCACACACAUCAAGGAGGAGAAGAGGAUGCCGCUCGCUGCUUGGUUUCUUCUCGCUCCCAGCGCCGUCUACUAUUGGUACCUGAUCACAGAGGGCCAGAUCUUCAUCCUCUUCAUCUUCACCUUCUUUGCCAUGACUGCCACAGUGAUGCACCAGAAACGUAAAGGCUUUGUCCCUGAUAGCAAUGGGCUCUUCCUGCUCUACAGUUUCUCCAUCGCCCUGGGUCUGGUCAGCAUCUGGGUGGCUUGUCUCUGGAGCGACCAGGUCCUCCGCAAGAAAUACCGCGGGGUCAUCUACAUACCGGAGCCUUGGGCCUUCUACACUCUGCACAUCAGAGACAAGGGGGCAUCAGCUUGAGCAAGGCGAAUUGCAGAAUCGGUAAUCUUGAUCACAUAAUGAGUAGCUACUUUGGAUGCAGGUGCACAGAAGAGACAAUCAGCGUGUUGGAUGGAAUCAGUUUGAGCAAGCGAGGCACAGAAUCACUUAUCUUGAUCACCCAUAAUAUAAUGAGUAGCUAUCUGGGAUGCGAGGUGAUUUGUAGAUUUUUCCCAUUCCGACUGCAAUGCAGUCGAUCUCCAACACGCACAAUCACUAGCUGCUCAAAUGACUCACUCUAGUCAUGUGUGCUGGGAGGAAAAGAAAGAGGGAUAGAGCACGAGUUUACCUACUAUGCAACAAAACUACAAAAGUAAGAGAUGUUGAGGGGUACUGUACUCUUGGGACUGUGUCAAGAACUUGAAUUAUCUCCGAAGUGAAGUAACUUUUUUUUUGUUAUUAAGGUUUAAGUUACCUAAGAUAAAUUAACUUGAUUGCGUA